CAUCAUGGACACCAUACAAAUGUUGAUUUCGUUUUUCAUUCUGGCAGUAGCGCAUGCAAACACUGGGAACGUAACCGUAACCACAUCCGAGACUACUGAAUAUGGUCCAGUUACCAUAGUGCUAGACAACCUAGCACAAAUUGCCGUCAAUGUGAGUGAUGAGACUUCCACACAACUCCAGGCAAAGUUGGAACGCACUGCACAGGAUUUGACAGGCAAUAUCGAAGUUAUCACAGCAACGGGAAUGCAACAACUCAGUGAUGCUCUUCAUGCCACCAAUGAGCUAUUUCUUGCAAAUCCUAACUGUAAUUCCGACUGGAAUCUGGACGAAUUUACGGCCAACGUUACGGAGCAGUUAACUGCCUGUACGGUGAACUUGACGACCGCCAUUACGUCCUUUAGCAGCGAGGGCAAGCAAAUUGUGAACAAUGUGCAAACAUACGUGCAACAAAUUGCUGAGCUGCCUUCCUUUUGUCAUCUCAUAAGCUCGGAAACCGUGGACCUGUCCUUUGCCGGCGGUACCAACUGCUUUAUGCGUCGCAUCACCGAAAUCAACCAGAACAUGAGUCUGGCAUUGCACGAGGCCAGUCUAUUGCUAGUUGGCACGCGCCAAAGAGGUCUGAAACAAGUGGAACAAGCUGAGGAUUGCACCAAUAAACUGGUGGCUCAGAUUAAUGAGUUCCUGAGCAAUGAGCGCGCCAACUGCGCAUAGACAACGCAAUGCGGCGAAUAUGAAGAGUACUAAACUAUACUUGGCUUAUAUAAUUAAUAUGCUUAUAAACAUUUGUUGUGCCUAAUGGAGACUUUUUGAAAGCUCAUGAAAAUCAUUUUGCAAAAACGUUUUAACACUGAUUUUAAGGCGGUAUAUAACUCUAAAUUAAAAUAAAA